UGUAAUUGAGAUGAACUGACCCCAUCAAAUAAACAUGCGCAUGACAAACGGGUGUGACUGAAAAAAACCUCUGGCUCCAAAAAUGCCCAUUGGCUACGCACGGAUAAUGUGUUGUGGAGACAGACAUUUUCAUAUGUCUGCCAUCACAAUGCUUUUUGCAUAAAGAAUGACAGUGACCUGCCAGUAACAGAGAAGAGAAGCCUUUUGUUAAGAUUACCUCGAUUUGACUAAGAACAGCAAAUAUAGAGGUAGUGUUUCGUCUUAGUUGUGUACAUCGACACACACACUCCACAGAGCAGCAUGAUGAUGGACUGGAUCUUGCUGGGUGUCUUGUAUCUUUCAGGCUGCAACAUCUCCUCAUGCCUUCUCCAUCAGUACCACUAUGUUGCUGAUCCUAUGAAUUGGACUGAAGCUCAGACCUACUGCAGAGUGACGUACACAGACCUUGCCACCAUUGAAAACACUGAAGAAAAGAACCAACUUAUCACCACAGUUUCAUCGUUUGAAAACAACACUAAGGUCUGGAUUGGCCUGUACACUAUAAUCGACUGGAGGUGGUCAGACGGCUACAGAGGGAGAGGGGCUGAAUAUAGGAACUGGAUAAUCGAUCAUCCAACUUUUUACUAUGUGUACAAUUACUUCUGUGUUUUGAGUGGAAAUAAACAACCAUGGCAGGCUAAUAAUUGCUUAGCGAAUUUUCCAUUCAUCUGUAAUAAUGGAACACAGCUGGAUCCUGAAUUUGUUUUUGUGAAUGAAAGCAUGAACUGGUCCCGUGCUCAGAGGUACUGCAGGGAGAACUUCAUAGACCUGGCCACUGUGAGGAACGCCACUGAGAGCCAGGAGCUCCAGAGCUUGGUGCUUUCUAACUGGGCAUGGAUUGGUUUGUACAGAGAUCCAAACAUUUACUGGUCUGAUGGGAGUGGCUCCUCAUUCAGAUACUGGGACACAGGUUACAACAAAAUUCUCUCGAGUGUCGCAUGUGGUGUUGCAGCUUUGGAUAAUUCAGGAAGAUGGAAGUUUCUUCCCUGUGAAACUAGAUUACCAUUUGUCUGCUAUAGCAUCCCUCCACUUCCUGUCAUGCGACAGGUAGUAAAGCUGAGGAUGAAGCUGGAGGACUCCUCUGUGGAUCUGAAUGACCCUGCUGUGAAAGCAGACAUCCUCAAAAAGCUCCAGGACAGACUGAAGGAGAAAGGAGUGAGUGGAGUCACCCUGAAGUGGAGAGAGCAGCCUGAUGGGAGAGUCUUCCACAAGGAGGGAAAAAGCUCUGAGAAAAAAAAAAGACAAAAGACUGAGCUCUGAAAUUGAAAUCCAACUGUACUUCUGUUCAUCUGUAAUCCUUGGUGAAUGUUGAUUCUCUAUCUGCUAAUACGUACAGUACACUAUUAUCACUGUGCGGAGUGCUUAACCAGACCCCUGAAUACAUCCUGUAGUCAAGAGUUUUGUCCUUCAUCAUCAAUAUUACUGAGUGAUGUGUGUUAAUGAAAUUUAAUUUCCUUCAAAAUAGAACAUAUGAGAUGUGGCUUUGGCUUUGAGUUUACAAUUUCUGAUAAAACCAUAUUUAUGUCAUGGUCCAGCUAUGCCUCUCUCCAUUUCCUUUGUUUUCCUGUCAGUCCCCUGUUUGUAUUCUGUGUGUGUUUCUGCCCACCUCCUGCACACCUGUGACUCCUCCCUAAUUGUUAAGGAGGCUAAUAGUGAACCCAAUCACAGAACACAGAAGCAGACAGAGCCAGGAAGAGUGUGCUGAUCCAGUGCAGGUUCCAGGGAAAGCAGGAGUGGGACGGAGGCAGGAGUCAGACCAAGGAUGACUGCAGGCAGAUUGCACAAUCAUUCAGGUUAUCACUGAAACAUUUCUAUUUUUGUCUGUCAGUGCAUAACCAAUGGAUUGUAAAACCAAUUAAUUUAUUAGUAGUAAAAGUAGUAAGAUUAAUGAUUUUUUCACAAGUAGUCAUCUGCUAAAUGUGCCCCUUUUAGGACAAAAAAUCAUAAGUGAAGAAAAUAGAGAUAACAGCUUAGUCAAUAGUUUUGGGAUAGUUUGCAAUAAAUGCAAUUCAAGUAAAACAGUCUAAAACAGGUGUAAGUAUCUAACACAAUGUUACAAUGUAGUACACUCACACCAAUAUUAUCAUUCUCAAAUUCUAAACACCAUUAUGAGUAAUCAAUAUAUCAGCCACCCACAGCAUGAGCAAAUAGUGACAUAUUUUGAGAUUUCAAUACAUAAAUUCGAUAUGUACUAACCAGGAGUGUCUAGGAGGUAAACGUAAAUGUUUCUGAAGUCAAAUGGUGGCCAUUCAUGAGGACCAUUUAACCAAACAUCAUGGCGGUUAAACCUGAACUCCAGCAGGGUCUGUAUGAGAAACUGACCUAAUGAUGAUGCAGUGUGGGAUGAGAAAGGACAUUAAUUAGUGGGGAUUGUAAGAGUGUUUUCUGCUUACUCACCAUUUUAGAUGUUUUAUUAAAAGGGAGCACAGAAAUUAAAUUGGAUGAUAUGUUGACAUGUACCGCAAAAAAGGGAUAAAUGUCAACUCAUUACAACUCCUUUGUGUUCAAUCAAGACUCUGCAAUAUAUCUACCCAGCUCUUCACUCCAGUUUUCGCCAGAUCAUUCAGUUAUAUACCAACGUGGUAUAACGUCACGGCCAACCUCUUAGUCUGUUGUUUCCUUGUGUUUUUUGUACUCCUGAUUAAUCUUGUGUUUCCUUGUGCUUAGGUUCACUUCUCCGCUGAGAUACCUGCUACCUGCCUUGCUCUCUGCCAUGCCAGACCAUUCACCAAGCUCACUGAUCUGCUCACGCUGCCUGCCUUGCUCUGCCAUUCCAUCUCUUCUGGUUUCUAAAUAAACUGUGUUAAAUUGCAACUAA